GGGCGGUAGAGAGUGACAGCUCCGGAGGCAGAAAGGAAGGAUGAAAAUUAGUUCUCAUCUCGCCAUUGUGGUCGUCCGUGGAGCAGGAAGUUUUCCCAAACCUUCCGAAACCCCCUGAAGGAAGCGCGACUGUAUCUGUCUGUGAGCGGCGCAGCUGUAGCUGCGGAGUCGCAGGUGCUCGGACUCGCUGUAGCCGUGGGUUGCCUCACCUGGCCGAGUGCUGAAGCGCUCUUCAGCGGACGAGCACACAGGAGGAGUCAGUCGCUGAUCAUUUACGCUCUCCGACACUGACAGAGCCACCAUGUCGGCGACUGUCGGCAUCUACGCGGCCAAGAAACGGAAGAAGCCCGUGCAGAAAAUUCCCAAGCCUCCUCCGCCCGAGGGCGCCAAGUCAAAUCCCUCCAAGCGCCACCGAGAUCGGCUGAAUGGGGAGCUGGACAAGCUGACCAGCCUGCUGCCCUUCGCGGAGGAUGUGCGGGCUCGGCUGGACAAGCUGUCCGUGUUGCGGCUCAGCGUGGGCUACCUCAAGGUCAAGAGUUUCUUCAACGCAACCAUGAAGAAGGGCAGCUUGGGAUGGCUGGCAGACCGCGCCGUUGUGUUUGGAGGGAACGGCUCAACCGUGUGCACCAUCGAUGGUGUCGGCUUCUCUGAGGGGGACCUCCUGCUCCAGGCCCUGAACGGCUUCGUCCUGGUGGUCACCGCUGAGGGAUACGUUUUCUACGCCUCCCCCACCGUACAGGACUACCUGGGCUUCCAUCAGUCUGAUGUGGUCCACCAGAGCGUGUUUGAACUGAUCCACACAGAUGACCGUGCCAUGUUUAGAAGCCAGCUUCACUUUGCCCUCAACCCAACGCAGUUUGGCUCGGAUCAGGGGGGCGACAGCAUGGAAAGUAGUAAUGAGAUCAGCAGCAACAUUGUGGCCUAUGACCCCCAGCACAUUCCUCCAGAGAACUCCUCCUUCCUGGAGCGGAGCUUCUGCUGUCGCUUCCGCUGUCUCCUGGACAAUUCAUCCGGGUUUCUGGCCCUAAACUUCCAAGGGAGGCUGAAGUACCUUCACGGACAGAACAAGCUGAAUGACGACGGAACCAUGCCUCACCCCCAGCUGGCUCUGUUUGCUAUCGCCGUGCCCAUGCAGCCACCCUCCAUCCUGGAGAUCCGGACCAAGACACUGAUCUUCCAGACCAAGCACAAGCUGGACUUCACACCCAUGGGCAUAGACCCCAGAGGGAAGAUAGUUCUGGGCUACAAUGAAAUUGAGCUGUGCACGAAAGGCUCUGGAUAUCAGUUUAUUCAUGCUGCUGACAUGAUGUAUUGUGCAGACAAUCAUAUUAGAAUGAUAAAAACCGGAGAGAGCGGUCUCACGAUCUUCCGGCUCCUGACAAAGACUGCAGGCUGGGUCUGGGUUCAAGCAAAUGCUAGGCUGGUCUACAAAGGAGGAAGGCCUGACUUCAUCAUUGCACGUCAGAGAGCUUUAACAAACGAGGAGGGUGAGGAGAACCUGCGUCAGAGGAAAAUGCAACUUCCUUUCAACUUUGCUACUGGCGAGGCCCUCCUGUAUGACAUCAGCCCCAGUCUAGAAAUGAUGGACAUGACAGGAAAUAGCAAACCCCCAAAGAUGAGGAGAAUGCCUGAGCAGAAGGCCCUGGAUCCUAAUUCAUUGCUUGGGUCCAUGUUGAAGCAGGACCAGUCGGUGUAUGUGCAGUAUUCUGACCCUGAUUCCCAGUUCUCUCUGGAAAAAGCUUUCAUGGACAGCCAUGCCGUUUUCAAUGCACCUAGUGAUGCGUGGCAGCAGGGAGCACCAAAACAGUGUGGAAAUGUUAAGGAGGAGACCAUAAUGAAAGACAUGAUGGAGACACUGGAGCAGAUUCUGGGUGACCGUAAUAUGUGCAGCACCCUUCAGGAUAUGGACGUAGGCAUGGAGGAGCUAAAGGACUGGGAGAACACCCUGCUGAGAAUAAAUAUGAACAGCAGUGACAUUUCUGUGGAGCUCAAUGACAUCCUCACCAAUGACAUCUUCAACUACGUGGAAGAGGAGCUGCUUAAAGACAAAGGCGUAAGUCCCUGUAUGGCUGGUUCUGAACAGCUUAUCCCUGUUGGCAAUGUCAACAACUAUCUUUGCAGCCAGAACACUUUGAUUGCCCCGUCCAAUCUGCCACCCAUGGGGUUGCCAGCCGCUUUAUUGCUUGACAGCCAGAACCUCAACCCCCAGAACCAGGUGGUCCCAGAUCCCCAGACCAACUCUUCUGGAUUAUCAGGGCAGAGUCAAGUUGAAGGCAUGCAGAAGCUCUCAAAUCUGGGCCGCCCGAUCUCUAUGGGACUGAACAGCUCUGUGCAGAUUCAGUCCGCCUUAAAGCAAAUGCAGCCUGAAAACAAGUUUCCCCAGAUCUCGGAGUACUCCGAGGUUGACACCCAAAAAAGUCUAGGCCAAAACAGCAUGGGGUCCUUUGCCCCCAAUCAGACAGGAUCUUGUGCUCUUGAGCAAAGCCAGAUGAGGUCUGGCCUGUCCAGCUCUCAGCCUUUAUUUCGCCCAGUCAAGCUGAACAGCCUGGGACCUCAGCCCCAGGAACAGGCACAGUUGUCUCCUCAGGGCCUUCCCAGUGCCAUGGCUCUUGCUCUCCAGGGGCAUCCACAGUCAGGGAAGCCAGCCCAGCAGGUCCCCUUCAGGCAGCAGAACAGCAUCACUCAGUCAAAUUGUGUGACGUCCAGUCAGUGGGCCCCCAGAAUCCCUGAUGCUGACUUUGCCAACAGACUGUUGGAGACCUGCCCCUCCAGUGUUUUAGCUCAGGAUGACCGCAUCGAACCCUCACCGGUGGCCUGUCUUCAAGGACAUUUCUCGAUGCAGACCCAGGGUGGCCAGAUUCCAAGACUUCAGUCAUGGAUACAACAACAGCCCAACAGGGUGAACCAAAAUGGACACCAGCCCCUACCCAGCUGUUAUGGCAAGACACCAGAUUUGGCCAGAAUGUCUGCAGCUGGCUCUCAGAACUGCAAGCCUGGUUUUGGGACACAAAACAUGCCCAACGGGGUCUAUCGGCCCACCGAGGGACCGGCAGCAGACCAACCGCUGCUGUCGACCAACAGCUGCAUGUUCAAGGACAGUUUGUCCAACCCCAUCAACGGCAUGCGCUUCGGUGACACAGGGCUGGCAGCUUCCGUUCCCUCAUGCCAGAAGAUGAAAUCCAGUCAAGAUCGGAGCCCCCAGCACGGCUCCUACUACUUCCAGAUGAGUGCCAGCGAGCCCAUUGUCGGCACGUCCGUCAUUCCCCAAGAGGACAUCAGCAUUAGCCCCUUGUCCUACCCUCUGACCCCUGGCUUCUCCCCAGAUGAUCUGUUGGCACAUGAGCAGUAUGUCUCCUGCAACGGGCAGACCCAGCAGAUCCCCAGCCAUACAGCAGAAGAAAAUGGGCCAUUUUCCUUUCCUCCGCUCCCUCAUGGGACCCCGUACUUCUCAGAGACAAAACAAAGCAACUUCUAGACUGUGGUCCUGUGCAGUGGAGUAACACACAGAAAGAGUGCACAGCAGGACUUGUCCCAGGAUCACAGGCCAUCCCACCAGUGCCUUCCGAGUCUCCCGUCUUCUGUCUUGACAUUACAUCCCAGCAAAACACAGGAUGUGAACCCAUGGCAUGACCACAGGCCUCCUACACUGCAUGGUCUUCGGAAGUGACAGUUGUGUUAUAAAAGCUGCAGCUGUGACAAUGUCCGUGUCCUUAUGUAAAGUGUGUGUGUGUUGUGGGAGAGGGUCACUGGAGUCAUGCUCCAUCUCCCCACAUGUUAAGCGUUAGCAGGCUAGACUGCUUGAAGAAUGCUCUGUUUGCUGUAAUGUAGUUUUUAUUCUUUUCCUACAUAUAAACACAACAGCUCUGGAAACUGGCAAGGGUGGGUAUGACUGAUGGUCACGGCCACAGGACAGCAUAAUGAAGUAAAAGCACAGUAACAGUAACUUUAGAAUGAGACUUCUUGGAAGUGAGGAAGCAGGAAGCAGUAGACUGCAAAAGGAGAGAGCAGAGCCUUUCUCACAUGGAGCUGAACCGUGAAAGGAAUCCGCUGUGCACUUAUGGCUGUGAAGUGAAAGAUUGGCGACAUUAACAAAAAUUGGAGUACAAAAUCAAUCCAUUUCUUAUAACCGAACAUAAGAAAUCUGUGUUAAAUCC